CAUAUAUUCUUGUUUUGUGUAACGUGAGUGAUACAGAACGUUUACUCUGUAUACGUGUCGUAAAUACAGUUGUUGGAAAGUGAUUGUGAUAGUCGCAGUCGUGGACUCGUGGCUCAUAUCGCCUGGAGCGCUGACGGACGGUGUGCCGGCGCGGUAGAUAGAAAAACGAUAUCUUUAACCUCAAUUAUUUUAAAUCCUUCCUAUAGUUGUUAUUAUAUUUUCCUUAUUGUGCUGUGACAAUUUGUUAAGUUAUUAAGAAACAAAUAUUUUGAGGACAAUAACCUAUAAAUCAGUAAACGCUCAGUCGCCCACAUUAGAAUUGCCAUGUGAUUUGUUGCAAACUCAAUAAUAUGGAUUUGCCAAAAAUUGUUGAUAAAAGUGGCUCAUUACGAUGGUUCCUUGUCGCCAGUUGUUUAUGUGGUCAGUCCCAUCUAUAGCAGUGCUGUUUGGGAUUUUCUGGUUACGAAAAAAGAGGGAAUUAGCCAAAUCUGACCCAGGUGGAAGAGAAAGGAUAAAGAGUUUGCAGGAGGAACUAGCAGAAGCCUUGAAAGCUGAAAUUGAAGCUCAGAGAGCAUCUCCACUGGGUAGAGCAGAACGCUCCAUUAUUAAAUCUGCACCAAUUGACAUUCUACCUCAAGGCAGCAGCUCUCAGAGAUCCUCACCACUAGAGCUUACUGAUGAAGAGAUCGACAUGGAGAUUGAAAAGAUAAUAAGAAAGAAGUCUCUAGAAAAAGAAAAGAAACCUUCAUUUGUUGCCAGCCAAAAUUUAUCAGUUAGCACUAAACAGGCCUCAUUUGUUGUAAAGGAGUCACCACCAAAACAGAUUUCCAUGCUUCAAUCUGAGAUGGCGUGUAUUAAAAAUGAACUUGAUAAUUUGUCACUAAAAUCUGCCAAUGGCACAAGUGUGGAAGACUGUAAUGGAAUGUCUGAAUCAUUAGAAUCAUCUCAGACAUCUAGUGUGAAACAGGAAUCAGCUUUAGAUUUGAAGACAGUUGAGGAGAGUAUUACAAAAGCUGAUACAGAAGAUACACACACAAAUAAUUUAGAUAAUCAAUCUAGUGAUAGUAGUGACAAUGGUAAUAAUAGGUUCUCAACAGCUCCAGCCAGACGCAUUUCUGAAAGAGAUUCUGCGAACCAUAGUCCUGUUGAUCCUAUGUUAGCUAGUCCUUCAAUGUGUCACUUCUCUGAUAACCAUAGUGAGGGCUCAAGUGACAGUGGAAAAGGUUGCUCAGAAGCGGCCAGCCCUCCACCCGCUGGCAUAAACAUUGUGCCCACUGAAGCCGGGCUUAGAAUACACCAAUUUGUAAUUUCUCAGACCCUGGUUGGUCUUUUAAUAGGAAAACAGGGUUCUUUUGUAACCCAAAUUAAAGCUAAAACUGGUGCAAGCGUGUACGUCAGGAGACAUCCGGAUUCUGUGAAACAAAAGAUUUGUGCAGUUGAAGGAGCGCAAAGUGAAAUUGAAGCAGCCUUAGAAAUGAUCAAGGAAAAAUUCCCUGAAAAAAGGUUUCCUAACUUUUCCCUACAAGAAAUUAGUGCAGAAUUGUAUCAAAGACUUGUACCACUUGUACCAGAGUUCCUUCAAUUACAGCUCGUGGAGUCGGUCAACAACGACACGAUCAUGACGUGCCUGGUGAGCGCGGGGCACUUCUUCCUGCAACAGCCGCUGCACCCCACCUUCCCCUCGCUGCACGCGCUGCACCGCCUCAUGGCUGCCACCUACCAGAAUCCGGAUGUGCCCGCGUUGCCACGCCCUGUGAAAGAGGGCUCCAUCUGCGCGGCGCCCACAGAGAACAACUGGUACCGCGCUCAAGUGAUCUCAACGUCAGAAGAGCAGGACACCUCUAUCGUGAAGCUGGUGGACUUCGGCGGCUACCUCACCGUGGACAACGACCAGCUCAAGCAGAUCCGCUCCGACUUCAUGACCCUGCCCUUCCAGGCCACCGAGGCUCUUCUGGCGUUCGUCAAACCACCAAAUAACGAGCCGGAGUGGAGCAGCGAGGCGCUGCGCAUCAUGGCGGGGCUGACGGCCGGCCAGCUGCUGCACGCGCAGGUCGCGGGCUACGACGAGGCCGGCCUGCCGUUAGUGCACCUCUACCUCACCCUCCAUCCACAGCAAGUGAUAUUCCUGAAUAGGGAGCUGGUGGACCGCGGGUUGGCGGAGUGGGAGAUGCCGGCCGACUCGUGAGCGCGCGUGUCACGGCGUGAUGCUGACUAGUAAUAUGGGAUUGCAUUUCAAUCGACGUGUUAUCGCGUGCUCGGACCGCUCCGGGCACCGCCUAAUGUAGUUAAGCAAACGCGGUCUCGCAAUUUUAUUUGCGUACUUUUUAGUCUAUGACUUGGCACUUGGAGCUCUUCAAUAAACAUCGUUUUAUUUCAAUACCCUUUGCUUAUAUCUUGAACACGAAAACUUCUCUAAUUUUAGCUUAUUUGUGUAUGAGUAGUAAAUUAGGUAUAAUGACGAUGAGAACGUAGCGUAGUGACCGUCUGUUGACGUUAUAUUAAUAUGAUGACGCUCUUAAGUCGCUUCUAACUUACUAUUGAUGCAGUAAUAUGUCUAAGCUCCCACAACCGGUAAACUAGAUUACAAUACGCUUAUAAAUAAACUGUAGUCCUAGUAACUGCAACUGAAUCAUGUCUGUUAUUGUUAAGUAUUUUUUUUAUGUCAGAUACUCACGUUUACACGACGGAAAUGACGUGGUGAGAUUUUCAAAUAAGAGUUUUAGGAUGCUCAUUAUAGUAUUACAAUACACGAGAAAAUAAACUCAAUUACUUCAAUAUACGCGAUAUAAUCCGUUUUCAUAGUUUUAUUUAAUUAUAGUAUUACUAACAACACUGCAGAAUGCAUUUUUUCUUUAAAUUUUCUCGGCGCUAUAUAUGCAGUGGUUUUAUUGGCAAUGAAGCAAAUAACCAUUAACCAAUUGAAUUCUUUAGAUUUCGUUUCAUUUUUACUGUUUCAUUAGUGCCAAAAUUUUCAGUUGAUGUUGUGUCGUAAAUGUGUACAAAUAUAAACGCUUCAUGUGUAUACAUGAAUAUUUUUUUAUAUCAUGAGGCUAUAAAGCCUUGUAAGGAUGUGCCUUUGAAAUGAUUUUUUUCUGUUACACUUCCAGCAUACACCAAUGUAUGUAAAAUAUUAUUUGUCACAAAGACAAAUAUGCAAAUAUAUAUUAAUAUCAUUAUUUAAUUUGGCGAGACUAACCGCGGCACUGGGGCAGUGCCCAUUUUACAGUGCCAAAAUGAGGAAUGUACUGAUUUGUAUUUAUCUAUGCCUCAAAAACUGUUUAGUUUCGCCAACUAAACUAAACAUACAUGUAAAAAUUGUUUGUGACAAACAAGUAUUUUAUUUAGAUUUUUAGAUUGUAAAUUAUCCCCACUUCGGGGAUUUUUGCUUAUGUAACAAAUGACUGAGAAUAAAUGUAAAUUAUAUCUGUAUAAACUGCAAGUGCGUUAAACGUAGUGUGAAUGAAGCAGAUGAUAUUGUAUCGGUAUGAACUUGUCAACAUUAUUCUUGUUUGUUAUUGAGAAAGAUGGCUAGAAAUUUUGAAAUACCAAUAACUAUAUACUCAAGAUUCUGCAACAAGUGUUAAGACUGGUUUUUUUUUUAAAUAUUAGCCAAUCACCUUCAAGAGGCACUAGUGCAAUUUAUCUAGCCAUUUUAAUCAAUGAUCCUUCCGAUUUCACAAAAAGUACAAUCAGUUUGCUUUCUUCCAGAUAUCGAAUUACAGAACAUGAUAACCGCAUUAUCAUAAUAAAAUAUGGUAAAUAGUUGAGUUUGUAUUAUAAUUGACUUAUAAUGAGCGCGUUGGUUAUCCUGACUUUCAAUAGUCUAAUAGUGUACAUAAUAGACCUUAUAAGUAGAUUUAAAGAUAUUUGAUAUUUGUAGUAUUUUUAAUAUGUUGAAAAAUUAAGUGGUUGUCUUUAGUGUAUUUGAUUUUUGUAUGCGUAUUGUGUAGAACUUGGCAUUUGGGAUGCUUAGAAUGUGACUUUCGUUUGUAGUUAAUUUCAGAUCGCAGCGCGGAUGGCGCGGAUUAGGAUUAAUUACUUCAUCGAGUAACAGCCAGUGGUCAUUUUUUUAUUUAAUUUACGUGUCGUAGUUGUUAACGACGAUAAAACAAUUAGCGUAAUGACUAGAUUAAUUCUGCUCGGUUUGCAUAUUGUUGACGUCCUUUAUUGUAUAUAAACUAAUAUAUUUGCGGUUAAAUCAAUAAAUUAUCGUUUUGAAAACCA